ACUUAUAUUGAAAAAGCUAAAAAUAAAAAUUUUUGAGACGGUGGAGUACUUUGGACCUCAAUACUUAUCUUAUAAGAAGGCGAAAAAAAAAGAAAAACAAACAGAAAGAAAAAGAAGAGUGAAGUACAUCUUAAUUUCCAACCCCCAUCAUUAUUAAAAAAAAAAACUUUAUUGAUGGAGGAGAUUUCACGUAAGUCCUAGACUCGUCGUGUAAAACAUUGCACCGAAUCCCAUUUUCUCUCUGUACAAGCAAAGCCUCAAAAUUCACGACACAACAGACCAGUCGGAGUCGUCUGGCGACUAUAUGACCCGUACCCGUUUAUACAGAAACCCUAACCGGACAGUGAAGAAGAGACCCGGAAACCAGUCUCGAGCGGUGGUGAUAUUGGAGGAACUUCAGGUAUGAGACUGGUAGUGCCCUUACAAGGAGUAGUUCAGGGCAAGGGUGGCCUAAUCUUGGGCUCAAUCGUCCCUUGUGCCCUUUUCUACUUCCUCCAGUUCUACCUCAAACGCCGCCGUCCUCCUCCGCCGCCCUCUUCCAACCAUACGCCGCCGCCGCCGUCGCCGCCGUCCGAGCUGCCGCGAACGACGUCGCUGGCUCGAGCGACGUCGCGCUCCAAUCUGUCGAGCCGUGGAUCGAUAGGGCAGGCCCACAUUUCUUCUAGGGCUAGUCCGUUAACGAAGCCGGACGAUUCGCCCUAUUACAUUGGCUUGGAUAGGGCUUCGGAAGAUGCCUAUGACGAAUUGACGAAUCCCAAUGGUAUCAUUCAGCUCGGAAUAUCUGAAAAUAGAUUGUCGCUGGAUUUGAUUGAGCAUUGGCUUUCUCGGAAUUUGAAUGAAUCGAUACUUGGGGCAGGUGGUGGCUUGAGUAUUAGUGGAAUUACCACAUACCAGCCGUUUGAUGGAUUGAAGGAGUUGAAAGAGGCUGUGGCAGGUUUCAUGUCUCAGGUCAUGGGAAGCAAAGCUCCGUUUGACCCAUCACAACUGGUAUUAACAUCUGGUGCAACUCCUGCAAUUGAGAUACUCUGCUUUUGUUUGGCAGACCAGGGGAAUGCAUUUCUCGUUCCGACACCAUAUUACUCUGGUUUUGAUAGGGAUGUGAGAUGGCGGACAGGAGUGGAGCUAAUACCUGUUCACUGUCGUAGCUCUGAUGACUUCAGUUUAAAUGUUGCAUCUCUCGAUCAAGCAUUCAAUCAGGCCAGAAAACGAGGACAAAAAGUCCGCGGAGUUCUUAUUUCUAACCCUUCUAACCCUGUUGGUACUCUGCUUAAUAGGGAAACACUUGACAGUCUCUUAGAUUUCGCCAGAGAGAAGAACAUCCAUAUCAUAUCUGAUGAAAUAUAUGCAGGGUCCACCUAUGGAAGCGAGGCGUUUGUGAGCUUUGCAGAUAUUCUUGACUCAGAAGAUUUCGACAAGGACAGAGUUCAUGUAAUAUAUGGGCUGUCCAAAGACUUAUCUCUUCCUGGCUUUAGAGCUGGGGUUAUCUAUUCCUGGAAUAAAAAUGUUUUGAAGGCUUCUAAAAAGUUAACUAGAUUUUCUUCAAUUUCAGUUCCAACACAAAGGAUAUUGAUUUCCAUGCUUUCUGAUACUGUAUUCACUCAUGAAUAUAUCAAGACCAAUCGAGUGAGGAUAAGGACAAUGUAUGACUUGUUUGUGACAGCUUUGAAAAAAUUAGGGAUAGAGUGCACAAAGAGUAGUGGUGGUUUGUACUGCUGGGCUAAUAUGAGCGGGUUAAUUCAUCCUUACAACGAGAAAGGGGAACUUGAGCUAUGGGAGAAGCUCCUAAAUGUAGCUAAGAUCAAUGUAACUCCUGGGUCAGCUUGUCACUGCAUUGAACCCGGAUGGUUCAGGUGUUGUUUCACUUCGUUAACCGAGAAGGAUAUUCCUUUAGUUGUCGACCGGAUUCGUAAAGUUGUUGAAACUUGUAAAUCUCCCUCCUGAAAUGUGGCGAAGUUCUAGAAUUCGAGCUAAACCGACUGAUAGCCAAUGGCAUUGUUUUUGUAAAAAUCACAAUUUCAUUGUUCAAGGAGCUGCUGCUGGAUAUGGUUAGCAUUUGCGUUAAAGUAGAAGCCUCAGUAUAGCUCUCUUGGAGUUCUGGCAGAUUUUGAAAAUUUUGCAUUUAUGGAAAUUAUAAAAUUGGUUACAUGCCCAUAUGAUCGGAAUAAAAUAUACCAAUGUUUUAGAAAGAAAUGCUGAUGGAGAGAACUGAUUGCAGUGUGAUGCUGAGCUGUAGGGUGGAAGGGGCUUUUUUCCUACACCAGGUUAAGCCGCAACUGCCUCUUCCACUUCUUGUGCAGUCCUAAAAUGUUGUUGCUUGUUCUGAAGACGCAGCAUCCAAAAGCACUCUUCUUCAUGAAUUCCUGCCAUUGUUUUGAUCA